AUGGGUCUCGGUGUGGUUACUGUGCGGUGUGAAGCUCAUCUCAAGGUUAAGCAGAUCAGUGAAAUUGUACAUAAUCGGGGUCGGCGAAUUACACCUCUUCAAACUAUGUCGCCACAACAGGAUAACAUUGGUCAGAGUCGCUCUUCUUCCCUGACGGGGGAAACUCGAAUAUCGAGCUGCAGAGGGACAGAGAAGAAGAAAAUGAAGAGUCUGGCCCAGAGACGACAGUCGGCACCCUCUUUGGUGAUUAGCAAAGCACUUAACAAAACCAGAACAUUGUCCAGAGAAAGCUGCCUGUCUCCUAUAAGUCCAGAGCUCUGCCCUCUUGUUCGGUCCAUUACAGGCCCACACAGAACAUUUCUUAUGGAAGGACAUGUACAGCUCAAGACUGGGCUCCAAACCCAAGACCGCCAUCUCUUCUUGUUCAAUGAUGUUUUAGUCAUAGCGAAAUCAAAAUCUGUAUCUCAUUUCAAGCUGAAAAAACGAGUGAAAGUUAGUGAGGUUUGGAUGGCGUCCUACAUGGAUGGUGUGUGUGAAGGAAGUACAAGUGCAGAACGAUCCUUUGUAAUGGGCUGGCCCACAACAAAUUGCGUGGCUACCUUCAGCUCUACAGAACAGAAGGAGAAAUGGCUCUUAUGUUUUCAAAGCUGCAUUAAAGAAGAGAAAGAGAAAGAACAUCCAAAAAGUAUUCCUUUGAAGAUUAUUACCAGGAAUGUUGCAAGCUGUGUAUACUCAAAGGUCUUAACAGUAAAGAACACAGACACAGCAAAUGAUGUCGUUGCCAUGACACUUCAGCACUUUGGCAUCAUGGGCAAUUCUAAGGGCUAUCAACUUUGGGUCAUCUCUGGCAAAGAAGACACUCCCUAUCCUCUCAUUGGGCAUGAAUAUCCUUUCAGCAUUAAAAUGAGUCACAUUCAAGGUGCAACUGGACAGACACAUGUGUCCAAGGACGCGAUCUAUCCUCCAGAUAUCCAGGGGCCCUUCAUUAUAGAGCAGCUGCCUGUGGAGAUGCAGUGCCAAUUCAUCUUAAAGCCAAGUCACCUGGCACCCUGCCAGCAGAUGGCUGAUCCAAGUCAAAAGCAAUGCAAAAGGAAAAGGUCAAUUAUGAACUGGGCUUUCUGGCGUGGUUCCGCCACACAUUUAGACAGCAUGCCUCUAUCCCCUACUUCCAUAGCACCAAGAAGACUCUUUGGCCUUCCGCUGUCAACCAUUUGUGAGAAUGACAGUUUCCCAAAGCCUAUUAUGGACAUGCUGUCCUUUUUGUUUCAUGAAGGACCAUACACCAGGGGCAUUUUCAGACGUUCUGCAAAUGCUAAAUCCUGCAAAGAACUGAAGGAGAAGCUGAAUGCUGGAGCUGAAGUGCACUUAGCCAGUGAAUCUGUGUUUGUGACUGCUGCUGUGUUCAAAGACUUCCUGCGGAAUAUUCCUGGUAGCAUCUUUUCUUCAGACUUGUAUAACAAUUGGAUGGCAGCAAUGGAAAGGAACAGCCAUGAAGAGAAGAUAAAGGAAAUUCAAAGAUUGCUAGACCAGCUUCCAAAACUGAAUACCCUCCUCCUGCACUAUGUGUUCGGAGUGCUUCACAAAAUUGAGCAGCAGGCUGAGGAAAACCAAAUGAAUGCCUUCAACUUGGCAGUCUGCAUAGCACCCAGCAUCUUGUGGCCUCCCACCCUCUGCAGCCCUGAGACAGAAUGCAAGUCAACAAAAAAGGUUGCCUUGUUUGUGCAGUUUUUAAUUGAAAACUGUUCCAGGAUUUUUGGAGAUGUCUUCACUUCUCUCUUUGAAGCAUUAUCAUCAAGGAGGUUUGGGAGUAGAGAUGAUGGUCCAGAUCUCCCUUCAUUUCAAAUGCAUGACUCCUCUUACAAUAGUCUGGAAAAUGAGCUCAAUGAUGAAACUGACUCCACUCUAAUGACAAAAAGAAGCCAAGAAAAUAGAAGCAGGGAUUCAGUUCUGUCCUGGAGUGACUGUGAUCUUGACCAGACCGAGGAUGAAGCUGUUCACGGAAAGGUCCCAUUGACAAUGAAGCCCUUGCAAAUUCCUUCAGCUUCCCUGAAAGGAAAUGUGAUUUGCCAGUUUUCAAAAAAUGUCCUCCUAGACUCCAACCAUUCUGGUUACUCUACUUGUGAGAGGCUGACAGUCCCCAGAAGGCACAGAAGGUGCUCUGAGCCCAAUAUAGUUCCUCCUACUUCACAGUUUGUUCAGCUCUGCCAGAAUCACAAACCUGUAAUCCGCAAAACUAGUUGUGAUGCUGUUCUGAGUCAGACGGCCGAGAACUACAUUGAACAACUACAAACACUACAGAUCAGGGGCCAGAAACUUACAAAACAGAAUGUAAAAAUGAGCACUGAUUUGGGUGAGUCCAGAAAUGGUGGCCAUAAAUCAGAUCAAAAGGGAUCAUUGAGUAGUGGCCAACAUCAGCCACCUCCUCCCCUCAAAAUUAAUGUCUCUUCCACAAUGAGUAGCUCCAGUCUAUCUUCUCCUGGCACUCCACUCUCGGGGUCCUCUAUGAGUUCAUGUGACAGUGCUUUUUCAUACAAUGCAGAAUAUUUUGUGUUCACUCCAAGGGAAACCUUCUCAACAUCUUGUUUUGGCACUCAGUCUCAGAAAGGCCAACUAGCAAUGCUAACUAGCCCCAGUAUUUUUAAACAUUUUCCUGGACAACUGUCCCCUGGACAUUAUCCUAGCACAGUUCCUGCUUCCUCCUCCACUGCACUAGAAAAGUACAAGAGGACUGCCAGUGUGAUAGAGGAUACCUCUACAUGCAUCACUGGGAAGAGUGAUAGGUGGAGAAAGGAAAGUGGAACUUGCAUGCUUAGAAAAAGGGAGAAUGGAGGUAUGCUUGAAGGCAAAAAUGGCUCAUACUAUGAAGAAGCUAAUGGAAAGUUGCCUGUUUCUGUAGUAGAAGGUGAAGAUAUGGUUCAAAAUGUGGACGAAAGCCAAUAUGUAGAUCCUCCUUCUUAUCGGGAGGGAGUCGGGUCACCAUUGCCUAAUACAGCUGCAAAAGAGAGAGGAUUAAUGGUUGAACCUUUGCAACAUUUAUUCCAUCCUGAUUCGCAGGAACUUGGAGGGAUCUCCAUUACUAGUGGUUCUCCUCUAGUGAGCACUGCCAGCAAGGCUUUUCCAGGACAGAGUGGACCUUAUCAAAUUCCUCAGACUGUGUUUUAUGGGCAGAAUUCAUUGUUAUGUUUUCAGUCAAAAUCAUGUCAACAAUCAUCCCCUUUUAUGAUGGGUAGAAAUUCUAGUCAGAGUGCAUCAGAUCAACACUCCACUGAAAUGGUUACUUGCCCAAGCGACGUCUGUGAGAGUUCAGGCAAUGCCGAGGUAUUGAAGAAAGGGGGCGGGAUGGCCCAGAGGAAGAAACUGUCUCCAUCAACCAAGUGGGAGCUUAGCAGCAGGCAUUCUGAGGCUCUUUCACGUAAUGCAGCUAAAACAGUUAAGGAUUAUUUUUUCCAACUCGAUGCUGAGAACUGUUUGAUAACAACACAGGAGUUGACCAAUGCUGUGAUCCAGAACAAGAAUGAAUGGCAAAAACAGUGCUGCACCAAUCCAAAGUUUGAAGACUUUGAACACGUGUUUUUCUCAGAGGAGUCUUACGUGUAAAAGUCUGUUUGAAAAUAUUGUCAUCACUUCUUUUGAAAGCUUCCUUAGAAAUGUGUUAACCUUGAGCUAAAUCAUUACCUUGUGCUGUUAUUAGAACAUAGAUUUAAC